GCCACGCCCAGUACCAACAGUUUACUAUACAGAGCGAGGCGUCCAGAUAUGUGAUGGCGAUCAACGGGUACUCUGGUACGGCCGGUAACGUGAUGCUGGAGGGAGCUACGGAGCUGUUUGGAGAGAACCGGACCAUGACCAUCCACAACGGAAUGAUGUUCAGCACCUACGACAGAGACAACGAUAACUGGACUCCAGGUGACCCGUCCAAGCAGUGCUCCCGUGAGGACGGCGGUGGCUGGUGGUACAACAGGUGUCACUCAGCCAAUCCCAAUGGCCGUUACUACUGGGGCGGGGCUUACACCCGGUACAUGGCAAAACAUGGGACGGAUGACGGCAUGGUGUGGAUGAACUGGAAGGGAUCCUGGUACUCUCUCAAAGCCAUCUGCAUGAAGAUCAGGCCCUACUUCGCCUCGCGGUAGACACACACAGGGACACACACACAGGGACACACAGAGACACACACACAGGCACACACAGACAGGGACACACACACAGAGACACACACACAGGGACACACACAC